AUGUCCGACUCCACAGUCGACAAAGAUCCAGACCUAGUCAAGAGAUUUGCCGAGCUUCUCAUGGAAACUCCCAAUCUCUUGACUGAGGACUCUCUGGAUGGUGCUUCGACCGAGGCUGACGUUGACCCUGUGGAGCAGAUUUCCAAGGCGUUUAUGAAGAUCAGUAUGAGGGCUUCGUCUGCUGACCCGGCCAAGUGGCAGCCUGUUGCUGGUGAUAUUCACGCUACCGGUGUCGAGACUAGUGCCACAACCUCCCCCGACCCAGACACUACGAACUCUGCUCCUGAUUCCCAAGGUGAGGAUGAUAGGGCGCGCCUCGAACGAGAAGUCAUCGGCGUUCUCGAUACUGACUACUUCCAGCGGACUCAAUAUGGGACCUUGCGUGCCGAUCCUUCCCAUCGUAAUCGUCGUAUCCAUCGAUACAGAUUGAAACGCCGGUUGGCCGCACGACUUCGAGUGGAUUCUCCAGGGGGGGCUGGGACUGGGGGCUGCAACAUGAUAUCCCCGCUGUCAUUCCUCCCGAAGCGCCACUCCAAGUCCAAAUCCAGGUCGAAGCACCAGCGUGCUGACGACGACCUGGAAGCGGCGCGCCCGGCGUCUCCCACCCCGUCAUCGUCAUCGGCCAACACCUCCGAGACCCACCCGCACUUCAAGACCGAUCCCACCGCGUGGACGUGGAAGGACAACAUCAAAUUCUACGCGUGGAGGGUCAAGUUGAGGGUGAUGUACGCGCUCGAGUCGUAUCGGAUCAAUAAGGCCUUCGGGGCCGAGUUUGAUUACUGA